CGAGUCACACGUCACAAAUUUUGCGGCACCCGCAAAAAGACCGAGAAUCGAGCCUUCUAGUGGUCAAAACUACGAUUCUAGUAGUUCUCCAACUACCACUCAAGAUGUAGAAGGGAUACAAGGAGAUCAAGCCAUCCCCACCUCUGAGACUAAACCAAUGUUUGAAGAGCCUGUUGUGACAGAAGAUGGAGCUGAUGAAAGAUCCGGCUCUCAAUCUGGAGAGAAUGGAGAGGGAGAAGAUGAUAGUGACAGUGACAAUGUCAGUGAAAUUAGUGACUUGUCUGGUUUGAGUGAAGCCGGAUGGAGACCUAUUGCAGGUCCCAUAGCAUGGGUUCAGAAGCAGAUCAUGAUGGGGGUGAAUCCAAGAGAAGUGCUGAAGGAUCUCAUCUCAAAUAACACAUCAAUCCCAGAUGAUUUGAAUGAUAUGUUAAUGUGGAGGAUCAUCGUCAAUAUCCUUUCUGAACCUGCCAAGCGCUCUAAACUAAGUCACAUCAACACACUCAAUGAUGUCAUCCAUCUGAUGAGCACCUGCAAGAAAAUUCUUGUUCUUACUGGAGCAGGGGUAUCUGUUCCUUGUGGCAUCCCAGAUUUUCGUUCCCGGGAUGGUAUCUAUGCCCGACUUGCUGUGGACUGGCCUGACCUUCAUGAACCACAGGACAUGUUUGACAUCAGAUUCUUCAUGCGAAAUCCAAGACCAUUCUUCAAAUUUGCCAAAGAAAUUUAUCCAGGACAGUUUGAACCAUCAAGAUCUCACCGAUUUAUCAGAAAAAUAGAAGAAAAUGGUAGAUUGUUGCGGAACUACACUCAGAAUAUAGACACUUUGGAACAAGUGGCUGACAUUGAGAAUGUGAUUCAGUGUCAUGGUUCAUUUGCAACAGCAACUUGUGUAACCUGCAAGUACAAAGUAGACGCAGAUGACAUCCGUACUGACAUCAUGAACCAGGUUAUACCACGCUGUCCAAAGUGUAGUGCUGACUCACCAUUCCCGGUGAUGAAGCCAGACAUAGUGUUCUUUGGCGAGGGCCUCCCUGACGAGUUCCACCAGAAGAUGGAAGAAGACAAAGAUGAAUGUGACCUCCUGAUUGUCAUUGGCUCGUCGCUCAAAGUCAGACCUGUCGCACUGAUACCGAAUUCCUUGCCUGCAAAUGUGCCACAGAUCCUCAUUAACAGGGAGCCACUGCGCCAUUUGAACUUUGAUGUUGAACUGUUAGGAGAUUGUGACGUUAUUGUGAAUGAACUGUGCCAUCGGCUUGGAGAGGGUUGGAACAAUAUGUGUGUAAAAGAACCACUAGAGGAGGUCUCGAAGGGCCAGUUGUUGACACCACCACCUGUUGGCCCGUCUUCCCCACAAUUCCGACGAAAUAUGAGUAAUCUGUCAAAUAUCAGUGACACUGCGUGUAUGAGAACAGAGCUUGAAAGUGUUCAUCUUCAGCAGGAGGACAACAAUAGUAACAAUAGCAAUCUCUCUGAUAGUGACAGAGCAAACUCUAAAGUGUCGUGGUCCCUGGGAAAACUAACCGAAGAUGAGGAAUUUGAAAGUGGAAGAUCUCUGGAGAUGCCUUCUCCAACGAAGAUAAUAGAGGAUAAUGGUACUUGUAGUCGAGACAGUGGCACCUAUGACAUGUCGACAGGUGCCGACACUGAUAAUCAUUCUGAUAUCGCCAGUUCCUCUAGUCCCAAGCCAGUGGACGAUAGUAACAGUGCACAUGCUAGUGAUGAUAGCAUUGAGGUGAUCCGAUCAAUGUGGCAGUCUCGUAAACACAACAUUGCAAGCAGCUUACCAGAACGGUCAUUCCUCUGUGUACGUCCGAGUCGCUAUGUCUUUCCUGGAGCUGAGGUUUACUCUGAUGAUGAGGGCAAUGAUGAAUCCGAUAACGAGAGUUUUCACAGUUCACAUGCAGAUAACGGAGUGUCUUCAACGAGUUUGGAAGAACACAAUGAGAAAGAAGGAUGUUCGGUUGAUCCAAGUUUCAAGGAGAAGUUGGACAAAAUAGAUGGCUUGGGAUGUCGCAAUGGUAUUGCACAGCAUACAGAGGGAAUGGGAGAUCAUGCAAGUUAGGUGGUAUUGGUUGUUGAAUUUGUUAAGAACCGGUCAUGCAAGUUAAAAGGGUUGAUGCAAUUGUAAUUUUGUUCAUCUCUUCAAGGACUAGAUAGGGAUGGGAUUUACAGAAGAGAGCAUUUCGAUACUUACCAACAAUUAGAUUUACUGAUUGAUGCCCAUAUUUAUCUUCUCAAGGCAAAUUCUAUGCCAAAACUAGUCCUUGGGGAUUAUCAUUAUCCAUUUUUUGAUAUGUAAAAGAAUUCAAGAACGAAUCCUAAAGUUAUAUUUUCGAUAAAAUGAUAUUCAACUCAUAAUGCAAUUUAAAAUGACUUAAGAUGAAAUCUGACCACUGGCAUCUUGGAAAUUUACCAGUGUUUGAUAAUUUUUAAGGCAUAAUAAUAGAUGGUUUCUGUAUUGUAUCAUUAGCUGUGUAUUGCCAAGUAGGAAAACUAAACUUCUGUACCCAGAUGGCUUAUAAUGACUGCAUUGCAAUGAAGAGGCUGUGCUCCUCACUGCUCCUCUCACUGAACUCACCUUCUGUUUGUUUUCCGUUACAGUUUGUAUGUUUUUAUUAUGAACUGAUGCAUUGGCAAAAGAAAAAUGGGCAGCAAUUUGUUCACUGACUUCUGGAAAACCAGAUAUCUUGUUGAAUCUAAAAUGAUCUUUUUUUGUUUCACACUAUCAUUAUGUCAUGCCUUGGCACUUCCAAUGAAUUUGCAUUGUUAAUGUUUAUCAUCAAUUGGUUUGUUUCUCUAUCAUUUUCCUUAUCAGUUCUUCGUUAGUGACGAACUUUGUGGUAUCAGCUUUGAUAUAAUCAGCCGGCUUUACUGAGGCAAAAUCUUUUGAUUCUGACCUCCAUGAUUAUAUGAAUAAUCAGCUGAACUCGUUUGUUAAUCAAGUUUGACAUGUUCAGAUCCAGUUCAUGUAUUGCAUGCCGAUGUAUUUUUAGCUCAGGUUAUGCUUGGAGUCCAGAUAACAAAAAUUUUACGGUGAGGACAGCUAGGCUCAAGCCAGGCCCUAUUGUUCGUGGCCUGAUGAAAUGCAGUAUUUGUGUUUCCUUGAUUGAUACGAAUUGUCUGCUGAUAGGCCACUGUAUCAAACUUAUGUCAUCUCCUCCAAGUUUCACCUAUAAACUCUCUUCAUAACUUCCGCAGUGCUCCAAUCUCAAUGAGCUACAUGUUUCAACGUCUUCAUGUCAUUGUUUUCAUUCAGUAUUGUAUUCGCUCUUUCUCUAAGACUUAUUUUCAAAGUUUGUAUUUAUAAAUCAUAACUAAUUGGACUGCCAGAGCUAUCAAAUAGCUCAUGCUUGAAUCGGCUGCGAUUAUUCCAUCUUAUUGUUUACUCAAUAACAGUUUAUUUUUUCAAUGUGUCUUAUUGAGAACUUAGUUCCCUUUGGAAUUCAGUCUACCGUACAUUACAAAUUAAUGUCAGUUUGUUUUUUGAUUUCUACAGAUCAAAUAAGACAAGCUUGAUUGUUAUAAAGUACCGGUAUUAGAGCUGCCCUCUCAUAACCAGGGUUAGUCACAGGAAAUUAGGUCCAUAAAAUGCAAUAACAAAAUCAAUCCCGUGUAAUGCAAGAAAAAUACAAUUUUUUCUCAAGUAAAUUGUAAAUGUACCGCUUGAGUCUUGCUAAUGUACAUGCUGUAUUGUACUAAUCCUGAGUGUACUGUAGCAAAAGUUGGUGGUGAUAGUUCAGACAAUAAUGGUAUGACCUGUAAGUACUCUGUAAAGAUUUUGCUAACCUUCAUAUAUUUUCUACUUAAUCGACUGGUUGUGCAAUAACCAAUGUUUUGCAGGAAUGUUAGUAAUAUAACUGUUGUCUAGUCACAGUUAUGGCGAUGCGAACAUCAGACCAUCAAGUCAAAACCUUUGGAAGAAGAUGUGAGCUGUUUACAAUAGGCUAUAAAAAUAAUAUAUUGUGACCAGUUUGAAGGCUGAUGAAUUUUCAACUUGCAAAAAGUCAUAACACAUCAUUUAUAUUUUUAUACUGGAAAACUGAAAUUAUUGCCCACCAUUGAAUGGAAAUUUAGCAUAGAAUUGACCGUUUUGGUGACAAUAUAAAUAGCCAUAAGUCUGAUCUCAAGAAAGAUGUAUCAUCAUAAUAUUUUAUUGUUGUACAGUCUGAGUCAGAAGUAAAUGAACACCUGUAAAUCCUUGCUCCUUUUAAAGUAUGCUUUGAUAAUAGCUUAAAUUUCAGUAAGUCAUCCUCCAACAUCUCAUUCAACUGUCCAGAUGAAAAAAAGUAUAUAAAUACAAAAUUCCUUACUUAAAGAGUAGGAAAGGAUUAACUGGUGUUCAUUUACUUUUCGCCGAGAGUUGACAGAAUGUUGUGUAAAUACAUGUAGUUGAUAGGUUUUUAUGAACGUAGAUAUUUGUGUCAUUAUUGUUGAACAUUUCACUCUGGUGUGAAUAUAUUCAGUCCUUUAUGUAUUCCAUAUUAAUUCUAAUCGCCUUUGUCUUACUGCACAACUGACAGUCAUGUAAAGAAAAGAGAUUUUUAUACUGCUCCAUUCAACAUUGAGUAUGAACUUAGGUACCAUGGAGAUGUUCAAUAUCUGAUUAGCCUUAAUGAAAAGAUGAGAUUUAGAAUAGAUCAACGGUGGUCAUGUCCCUUGUAAAUGAUUGUCUUUUGGGGUCAUAUGCAAAAAAUACGGAAAAAAAUAUCAGAAAUGUCUGAAAGUCAUAAGACCCCCACCCCCUUCAAAAACAGCACUAUAGUCUUUAUCAUUCUAUCGGGACCAUAAUCAGAAGUAUUAUAGGUUACAUUCGAAAAGUUAACUAGUUUUGUGAAGAAAAAAAAUCAAAUAUUUCUGAUUUUCGUCCCAAUUCCUGAUCAGAUGUCUUCUGAAAUAUCAACAUGUUUUCUUUUAUCAUGAUCCCUCAGUUCACAUUUGUAUUAUUUUGUUGAUUAUUUGUGAUUCUUAUUAGAUUUUAGCUCUCAGGACGAUGGUUAAUUAGUUGGGUAUUUUGUUUUAGGUUUUGUCUGAUAAGCUGUUUUGGCAGGGAAGACUGUGGCAGUAUAGUAAUAGUUACUACAUGUACUUGUGUAUACAAGUUUGAUGAAUGAUGCAGUUUUUGGCUGUCCUAGACAGUUCCUGGUUGACCCAGUUUUGGUUGGCUAAAGUGAAGUAGAACAGAAACUUCAGCGUUCCAUUGAAUUUUCCUUGUGUAUGUUAGAUCACUCAAUAUUGUGACAGUGAGUUAAUGUAAAUAAUAUGAUAGUCAAAAGGUGAUGUUUUAGUUACAACGGUAUUGUACUUAAGGUUGCAAAUGGUAUUUGUUGUUGUCAGUGAGUGCUACUGUAAAGUUGGCUUUCUGUACAGUACUGUCUUUCUGGAUGUAACGAGUCCGACAAGGCAGGUACUGCUGCCUUGAAUGUCACACUGCUCCUGAUUUUGUUUAUAAGAGUGAAUGGACUUGAUUUGGCGCUGCCAGUGUACCUUCAAAUUUUUCUUCUUUUUUUCGGACGAAGUCCUGUACAGUUUCAAGUAGUAUUCAGUUAUUUUCUUCCUUGUUCUGUUUUAAUGUUGACCGGGUUUAGAUUACUGGUGUUUUGUUUACACUUUUUAUUGAAAAUUUGUGAAGUAUUUUACUCCAAAUAGUAAGAUCCCUUGUGGAAUCACAAAUAUGACUUUUAGCUGUAUAGAUUCACAAUAGCUUGAUGCAAUAAUGCCAUAUCACAAAAGUGCUUGCUGAAGUUAAAAAAAUGCAAAGGAGACAAUAAUGGAAUUAUCAAAUGGGUGUUGUUGGAAAGUUUUAAUAAGUAUCCUCCUAAUCAUUGAUGCACUUCUGUUACAAACAUGACUAUGAUACUAUCACCCUACUGUGUUUUAUGUAUAUGAAUUUGCACUGGGUUCCUAAUGUUGUAAAUUUUCUCACAUAUUUUUCAAAUUUAUCGAAUGCAUUACUGGUACAAUAGCACAAAAGUCUGUAUCUAAAAUAAGAGUCAAAUAUUAUACCUUGGAAAAUGUUGUGUUUUGGUGAACAAAUGUCCAUAAAAAUCUCAAAUGUACUGUCAUCCGUGCUAAUAGGGUUGAGAUUGACUACUUAACUAAUCAAUUAGGAUAAUAGCAGUGUAAAGAUUGUUCAUACUGAACUUACACAAUUUGUUGUCAACAUUUAAAACCUUUGAAAUGUCAAUUUCGUUACUGUACAGACCUAGAAAUACAUUGAAACGAAGAAAUUUUCCAGAUGAUUUUACUUAGGUUUUAAAUUGAUCAUUUGAUUCUCCACUUAUUUUCAUCCAUCUUAAAUGUUGUUUGCUACUGGCAUGUCUUGCCCCCUCCCCCUAAAUAUGACAUAAUAUUUUCAAAAACUCUUCUUUAAAUUCUUUUGUUACAUGUUUUCAUGAUGAUCUCAGUGAAAUUACAAGGUGUCAAUUGUGAAUCCUCUUUCAUGCAGUAACAAAGAAGAAAUAACGUUUAGUCGAGUUUUGUAGUUGAGGAUUCAUGGAGUAUGUGUAAAUGUUUGUUAGUCCACAUAAGUGUAAAAAGCAUUGUAAUAUUUGUUAUCAGAAGAAAAUAUAUU